AUGUCUGGCUUAAUUGCUGAUGCAAAAACUUUAAUUGAUAAAGCACGCGUUGAAGCACAAAAUCAUUGGUUUACACAUAAUGAACGUAUGACAAUUGAAUCAAUUACUCAAUCUGUAUCAAAUAUGGCGUUAGCAUUUAGUGAUGAUUCGGAUGAAGUUGCACCUAUUUCACGUCCAUUUGGUGUUGCACUUUUAUUUGCUGGCUGGGAUGAAAAUGGUCCACAUUUAUUUCAUCUUGAUCCAUCAGGUACAUAUACUGAAUAUGAUGCUAAAGCAAUUGGAUCAGGCAGUGAAGGUGCUGAUCAAACACUUCAAGAUGUUUAUCAUAAAUCAAUGAAAUUAUCAGAAGCAUGCAAACAUGUUUUAACAAUUCUUAAACAAGUUAUGGAAGAAAAAUUGAAUGCAACUAAUGUUGAAAUGGCUACAGUUGAUGCUAAAGGUUAUCGUUUAUUUAAAAAAGAAGAAAUUGAUGAUAUUAUAAAAAAUAUGUAA